UCAUAAAUUAGGUGAGUAGAGCACAGCAAUCUCAUCACCUCAAAGCAGCAUUACCACAUUGAUACACUCUACAACAAUGGCAGCUACAAAACUCAUUCUAGCUCUUCCCCUCUUCCUUCUAGUUUGUAGCUCCAAUAUUGCCAGCAGCAAAAACAGCAGAAGACCCAAGCCAUGUAGAAGGCUAGUGCUCUACUUCCAUGACAUUAUAUACAAUGGAAAGAACGCAAAGAAUGCAACAUCAGCAAUAGUGGGUUCACCACCUUGGGGUAACAAGACCAAUUUGGCUAUACCAAAUCGUUUUGGAGACGUGGUUAUUUUUGAUGAUCCCAUUACUCUAGACAGCGAUCUUCGCUCCACCCCCAUCGGACGAGCACAAGGGCUUUACUUGUAUGACAAGAAAGAAAUUUUAACUGCUUGGUUUGGUUUCUCUUUUGUUUUCAACUCAACACAGCUUAAGGGUACUAUAAACUUUGCUGGGGCGGAUGAUAUCAUGAAGACUACUAGAGAUCUUUCUGUUGUCGGCGGUACCGGUGAUUUCUUCAUGACUCGAGGGAUAGCGACAUUGAUGACCGAUGCAUACGAGGAUGAUCGGUAUUUCCGGCUUCGUGUUGAUGUUCAAUUAUACGAAUGCUUUUAGCGAAGGACUCUGUUGAUGGUUUUAAUUUGGUUUUGUUGUGCUUUGCUUUGUGUGAUGCAAUUUUAAUUUUUUUCGUAUUUGUUUCUCUUUUUUCUUUUUUUCUUUUUUCUUUUGUUCGUUUUAAGGUGAUAGGUGUGCUUUUUUCAGCUAAGGUAAAAGAAGUGUUAAUUGAGCCAUGGCACGAUUGACAAUUUUAUGGUUGUAUUUGUAUGUUUCUUUUCUUAAUGUAAUUGCAUGAUUAGUGUGUUUAUUAUUAUGAAUAUAUUAUUGAAUAGAUAUUCGUCUCCCUUUACUUUA